UGGUAUGGAACAUGGAAUUUGGGAGUUAUUCUAGUGGGAGACCUCAACCUUCCCCUCUCAGAACUAAAUAAAUCCAAAUCAAAAAAUAAACAAGAAGUUAAGGAGGCAAAUAAAACUUUAGAAAAUUCAAGAUGACAAACCUCUGGAGAAAAUUGAAAGGGAACAUAAAUGGGAAUAUAAAGUACCUGACAAAAAUUAAGUCUCUCUGUAUUAUUUAGUAAAUGGAAGAAGACAUUGAAACGGGGUGUGAGCUGAUCCUCAAGCAUUUGCCAUGGCUAUAAAGAACAAAUGUGAAAUUAGCACCAAAAUAUAAUUCGUCAACCCCUAAUAGUUUACUCUUUACUCUUAACAAUCCACACUCAACAGUAUUAUAGUAUAUUCAACUUUAUUCUAAUGUUCAGAAGUUUGCUCCAGUCCCCUCCCCCCGCCCCCCCCCCCCCAAGCUGGUAACAACUGAGAAAGUCAGAUGGAAGGAAUCCACCCCAACUGAGAUGGGACUAGUCUAGUGGGCUAAGGCUAAUGCUCAUUAAAAGGCUGCAUCUCAUUGGCCAAUCAGUGGAGAGAAAAGCGGAGAGCCAGUUAAUUAAGAAGUUGUAUCUCGAUCUUUGACCAAUCAAAAGGAACGAAGCCUGCAAGGAACCUUUAGGUAAUUACCACAGCAAUAGAAGUUAUAAUGUCCGCCAUGGCUCAGCUCUGGCCCCUGCUGCCACUGUCUCUGGUCCUGCUGAGCUUGUCGGUCUGGGAGAACCUGGACGUGCGGCCGCUGCCCUCCUGCUUCCACUAGACAAAAGACCAGCGCGUUGGUGCACUAAGGCUUGUACUCUGGGAGUCCAGCCGCCGGUGGGCGGCACAGGAUCCCAGAUGGGAAUCCUUCUAGCGACACAACCGUGCAUCCGGCUUUUCCUACGCUGACCUUGGCCUCAGUUUGCGGCCAGGUUCUCCGAACCUAAGCAGUGGGCAAACUUCUUCAAAGUGUCGGGCGCCAAGUGAGAACAAACGCAGGCGCACCCCAGAGAUAGGGAUGGGUCGACCUCCAGUUUGCAUAUGAGAAAACGGGCUUGGACAGGUAAAGGGUUUUCGAAAUCGAACUCAGACCUCUCCCUUAACUCCAAGGCUCUGCCCAUUAUUAACACCAACACCACCCCGCCUUGCUAGCAUCCUAAUCCAGGUGACACUUGAUCUCGUUUCCUCUAGCUGGACUCCAGAGAGAAAAGUUUAGGAGGCAGGAUAAGCCCCGCCCCGUCUUUCUCGACCACCAAUCAGCGCAGCAGGAAGGCGGAGCCCGCGCGCUAACCUAUGCCCAGCGACGGGAUCCGGGGGGGUUCCCCGGCGAAGUCAUAUGAAAUCUCUCGGAGAGGAAACUACGGUGGCCUCGAUGGCGGCUAUGGUGACUUCGGCCGCUCAGCGGCUGCUGCUGAUUCUGCUAGCCGCCUCGGCCUCAGCGCGCUACACCCCGGACUGGGAAAGCCUGGACUCGCGCCCCUUACCCUCCUGGUUUGAUGAGGCCAAGUUCGGCAUAUUCUUGCACUGGGGCGUGUAUUCGGUGCCGGCCUGGGGCAGCGAGUGGUUUUGGUGGAACUGGCAGGGCGCCCACUUACCAAACUACGAAAUCUUCAUGCACAGUUACUACCCCCCGGGCUUCUCCUACGCAGACUUUGCCCCCCAGUUCAGAGCCAAGUUCUUCGAUCCCAAGCUUUGGGCAAAGCUCUUCAAAGCGGCUGGGGCCAGGUAUGUGGUCCUGACCUCCAAGCAUCAUGAAGGCUUCACAAACUGGCCCAGUCCUACGUCUUGGAACUGGAAUUCUAUGGAUGUAGGGCCCCACCGGGAUCUGGUGGGAGAAUUGGGACAUUUCCUUCGAGAAGAGAAUAUCCAUUAUGGACUAUACCAUUCACUCCUGGAGUGGUUUAAUCCCUUAUAUGUACUUGACAAGGAUAAUAAUUUCACAACCCAGAACUUUGUCAUGACUAAGGCUCUGCCAGAAUUGGUUGAUCUUGUGAACAAGUACAAACCUGACCUGAUCUGGUCUGAUGGAGAAUGGGAAGCCCCAGACACUUACUGGAAUUCCACUGAGUUCCUCGCCUGGCUGUACAAUGAUAGCCCUGUUAAGGAUAAAAUUGUGGUUAAUGAUCGAUGGGGCAUAGACACUGGGUGUAAACAUGGGGGUUACCUUAACUGUAAAGACAAAUACAAGCCAAAGACUGUUCCAGAACGCAAGUGGGAGAUGUGCACCACCCUUGAUAAAAUGUCCUGGGGAUAUCGAGAAGUCAUGAACAACAGUGAUAUUUUGACUUAUGUUGAAAUCAUUUCGGAUUUAGUCGAUGUUGUAAGCCUUGGAGGCAACUAUCUGCUCAACAUUGGACCAACAAAAGAUGGAGUGAUUAUCCCCAUUUUUCAAGAAAGGCUUCUUUCUGUGGGAAGAUGGCUGAGCAUCAAUGGGGAAGGAAUCUAUGCUUCUAAGCCAUGGAGGGUACAAAUGGAACACACCACCUCCAGGCUAUGGUUCACCACGAAACAGUCUGCUGUGUACGUCUUCUUUGCUGACUGGCCCAUGUCUGGAAUCCUCCAGCUGACCUCCCCUGUCCCAACAAAUAUGACAACUGUGAUGAUGUUGGGAAUCCCAGAGUUGCUGAAGUGGUCGGAGGACUCCCUGGAUCGUAGCCUCCUCAUUUACCUUCCCAAACUCUCUCCAGAUCUAGCGGACAUGAAGAUCUGGACCCUCAAACUAAAGGGAGUGGAGUGAGGCAUCGUGUCCCACACCCCACUAAUGACUGUGACUCUUUACUAUUUUGAUUUUUGCUUCUAAGUCAGGAACAUGGCAAUAAAUUGAUUCCACUUUCACUUAACCCAGAGAGGCAUUUUCUGGCCCAUCUUAUUCAAAGGAAUUGUCCCAUUUACGUCAGUGGGGGCCUCCUAAGCCAGUGUCCCCUCGUCAGAAGAAAGGCUCUCAGGAGACACAUCUUCACAAAUGUCGGACACGAUUCAGGACAGGCAUCUCUCUUUUCCUCUCGCUCCCCACCCCAGUCCCCACGCCGGGAGAGCUGUGGUGGCUCAAUCCUGUAAAGAAGGGCCAGACAGAAGGAGAAAGGACGUAGAACAAGUCGGGUCAGACAGUGCCAAGUGUGUCGCUUUGGUGACCGCCGCUGGUUAAAGAAGCUUCCUCGGAUGCGAGCAGGAGCCAGGAAAAUGUAGCACUGAGCUAGCAGGGGGCAAGGGGGCCACUAGAAGACAAUGUGGAGCUCUGCAGGGGGUGUGAACUCAGCAACUUCUCUCCAGGGAGGCAGGGUGAGGAUGGCAUCCCCGGGGUUCCUGGCUUCUCAGACUUACCCCAACCACAGCUGAGGUCGAGAACUCCAAGUGGAACUCCUAACCGUGUUUGGGAAUGGAGCGGGUUGGCAGCUCCCUUUGGAGGCAUGCCGUGGGGCCCGGCAGAGUGGCACUAGGAGUGCCGAGGCUGCCCCUCUCCAGAGCCAGUCCUAGAACACUAGAGUAGGCCGGGCUUUAGUCCCAGAUUCAUGAUUCUGGCAGUUCCCUGAGGAGCAAACUUAGAUGGAUUCCUGCCUCAUUGGAAUAGGGGACGGAAGGGGAAAGGAUUCUUGGUGACAUCCAAAUGGUAGCGGACUUGCUUUUGUUUUCUAUUCUAAUCUGAAAAGCCAUGAAUGGCGUUUUUCUUGCUGUGAAAUUCCCUCUCAAAAUGUGCAAUUAAGGAACAAAUGAUCUAAUUUCACAUUCCUGCUUGUGCCUUUUUAUGUGUGAAUGUUUCAACACCUGCAAAAAAUAAACUUUUUCCAUUUAAAAA